GAUGCUUACUUGAGACAAGUAACUGUCAACAGUGUCGAAAAUUCAUUUGAUCGAUCGACUUUCUUACGAUGAUAAACAUAAAUAGUUUAACUUGAAGUUCAAUAGUUUUAUUUCAUAGUUUAAUUUGUUGGAUUUCAUAUCCAUUAGAAAAAUGUCUUUAAGUACGAUAUGGAAAUGUAUCUUUUCACCAAGAUUGAUCAAAGUAUAUGGAACGAGCUCGAAUUUGUAUCAACCGUCAAAUUACGAAAAAUGGGGUGAUCAAGUCAUUAGUUCACUCUAUAUGAUAUGGAAAUUGGGCCUCUACACAUCGCCCUUUAUCGUGGGAAUAUUAUACCAUAAAGAUUACUUCACUCAUGAAGGCCUGUUGUCUCUAACAAAAUUUGUGACAAGUAUUGGAGUGAUACUUGUAAUAUCGUACAUAUCAAGAGGGCUAGGUAGGUCCUUUGAUGAUACCUACAAAAACUUCAUUAAAGCUCUGGAGGAAGUAAAUCAAGAAAUUACACCAAUCACCAAGCGCAAUAUCUCUGCCUAUGAUUUUGAAUUUUACGCUUGGCCCAUCGAGUAUAAUCUUCAACAACUUAAUGGAUCAAACAAAGUUUCAACUUCUGCUUUCAAUCCAAUGCCACAUGGUAAUAUGCUUGAUAAUUUGCUGCAAUUGCCAUUUAGAAUAGCAGCAGCAGUUGCUAUACAUACCUUUGGUAUUCGUCUAAUUUAUCCUGGAUCACUAGGGAUUCUGAAAAUUAUUUUAGAUAAAGCUCUCAUUCAAGGUCGUUCAAGGUAUGUGGAAUAUUUUAGAGGGGAACGUUUCAAAAUUAGAACUUCAGAUGGGAAUGAUCUAGAUACAAUGUUCGUUGACAGAAGAACUAAUUUACCGAACGGUAAUACACUUGUAAUAUGUUGCGAAGGGAACGCUGGAUUCUACGAAAUUGGCAUUAUGGGGACACCUCUUGAAGCAGGAUAUUCAGCUUUAGGAUGGAAUCACCCCGGAUUUGGAGGCAGCAGUGGAACUCCUUAUCCUCCUCAAGAACAAAAUGCAAUAGAUGCAGUCAUGCAGUUUGCUAUCAACAAGCUUGGUUUCAAGGUUGAAAAUAUCGUUAUAUUCGCUUGGAGCAUUGGUGGAUACACAGCAACUUGGGCAUCAAUGAAUUAUCCUGAUAUUAAAGGAUUGGUAUUGGAUGCGACAUUCGAUGAUAUUUUACCAUUAGCGGUAAACCAUAUGCCAGCUAUAAUAAGUCCUGUAGUUGAUUUAGCUAUAAGGGAGCAUGCUAACCUCAACGUUGCAGAACAGUUGGUUGAAUACCCAGGACCUGUGUUAUUCAUACGACGGACUGCUGACGAAAUCAUUUGCACCAAAGAAGGUGACAUAACAACAAACAGAGGCAACUUUCUUCUCAAGAAAUUAUUGUGGAGAAGGUAUCCCUUAAUUUUCGGAUCUUCCCAAAUGAAUCUCCUGGAAGAAUUCCUCAGUUUGCCAUCAUCUAAACAAGAUACAUUGCUACGAACCCAUGAAGUGAACGAAAGUGAAUGUAUUUCUUUACUUCAAUCUUAUAUAUCCGAGUAUUCCAAAUCAUUUCCUUUGAAAAUUGGAGAAGAUUUUGGUACCUUGGAGAAGAAUAAAAUGUCACUUUUCUUAGCGAGCAAAUAUUUGAAAGACUUCAAGAGUACACAUUGCACGAUGCUUCCCCCAGAAAUGUUUCAACUACCUUGGGAUAUAAAUGUAGAAAGUGAUUUCGUAUUCACGUAAAUUCCUUUCUAAUUCUUUUUUUUAUUGACAGUGAGGCAGAGCAGUUUUGAAGUGGAAAACUAGAUGAUAUUUACUGAUAAUUUAUUUAUAUAUGAGAUGUAUACUUUUUGAAAUGGUGUAGUAAAGUACUUCUUCAUCUUGGGA